AUGCACGGGAUUCACUCGAACACUGUUGUCUUACCAGUUUUGAAGCUGAGCUACGAUCAUCUUCCAGCACAUCUCAAGCAAUGUUUUGCAUAUUGUUCAGUAUUCCCAAAGGAUUAUGCAAUCAACAAGGAAAAAUUGAUCCGGCUGUGGAUUGCAGAAGGUUUUGUUGAGUCAAGUACCAUUAGGAAGGAGUUGGAGGACGUUGCUGAUGUUUUUUUCAUGGAAUUGUUGCAACGGUUUUUCUUUCAGGACACAAUGACUUUAGAACUCUCUGAGUGUUACAAUCUCCUGGAGUUACCCAAAGCUAUCCGCGAGUUAACAAACCUCAGACAUCUGAUUUCUUCAAAAUGUGUCAGCAUUCAUAUGGGUAAGAAGGCUGAUUGUGCUGAACUAACUGAGCUGGGUGGGCUCAACCUUAGAGGUAGGCUAGACAUUAAGAAUCUUGAGAAUGUGAGUAAUUUGGCGCAGGCUCAAGAAGCAAAGCUGUUUCAAAAGCUAAGGCUUCGCUCUUUGGGCUUAUCAUGGGGUCGCAAUGCUCAUCUGGUAGAUGCUGAAUUAUCUGCUGAAGUAUUAGAACGCCUGAUGCCAUCCCUGUUGUCUACAACUUCCGCCACUCGGGCUGCUACCUCUCCUUAG